GGAAGACCUGGGACGCGCGUCUGGCCCCGCAGCGCCGCUUAGGUCGGGGCGUGCCCCGAAAAGGGACCCCCAUAGCCGCUGUCCCAAUGGGCCUGUGUUUUCCCUGCCCCGGGGAGGCUGAGCCUCCCUCGCCGGACCCGGAAGAGAAAAGAGCAAAACUUGCAGAAGCUGCAGAGAGAAGACAGAGGGAGGCUGCAUCUCGGGGCAUUUUGGAUGUUCAAUCUGUGGAAGGAAAGAGAAAGAAAAAGGAAAAAUUAGAAAAACAAAUCGCUACAUCUGGACCGCCACCAGAAGAUGGACUCAGAUGGACAGUUUCAUAAUGCACAACAGGAGUGGAAGAGUCUACUGCCAAUAACUUUAAUGUCUGCAAUCAAGUGGACCGUCUCAAUUUAAUUUCCUCUCUUUGAAUUAAAGAAGACUCAGACUGUAAUUUUAGUGUCUUUAAAUACAGUACUAAAUCUGUAUAGAAAAGAUUGCAAAUUCUUUUGAUUUUCAAACUUAGAAAAUGGUCAGACCUACGUUUCAUUAAAUACUUAUUUUCCUACAUUUGCUGCAGAUAGUGAGUAUGUGCCAUUUUUUUAGCAGUUAAAGCGUGGACCUAAAUAGUGAAUAUAUAUACAUCUGCAUGUAAAAACUCUGCAUACGUUUGUAAUAUUAAAAUUUGCAAUUAUAUUUUCUCUCCUUUAUAAAAGUAUCUAGCUAUUUAUAGUGUGCUCCUUAGCCAUAUAUCUGUUUUUAUUUCAUUAUAUUUGAAGACUUUUGCUUAAAGUUAUAGUUUUAGUGCCUUUAAACUGAUCACCCGGGAAAACCUUGAAAAAUCAUUUAAAGGGCUUAUAUGAAGGAACACUGUAAAUUGUUAUAACUUAACAAGUAUUGAAUAUUUGUAGAAAGAUGUUGAAUUUUCUAAUUUUUAUUGCUGUAGCUUAUAAAAUAAACAUAUUUUAUUUUACAUUAUA